AUGCCCACUGGAUACGACGUGAUUGCAAUUGCGAACCCUGAACGCUAUGUGGUAGGCCUGGAUUCAUCGGAAAAUGCGUUGAAGAGAGCAAGAGAGAUAUCUUCGUUAUCACCAAAUGCCGAAUGUUUUGAGUUUAUAGAGGUGGACUUCUUCACUUGGCGUCCAACUGAGAAAUUUGAUCUCAUAUUUGAUUAUACGUUUUUCUGUGCAAUUGAACCUCGGAUGAGAGUAUCCUGGGGAACACGAAUGCAUGAGCUGUUGAAACCAGAAUCAGAUGGGGAGCUCAUAACUCUAAUGUUUCCGAUUGAUGAUCGUGAUGGAGGUCCACCUUAUAAAGUUUCUGUGGCCGAUUAUGAAGAGGUUUUGCAUCCCUGGGGAUUCAAGGCGACUUCUAUAAUAGAUAACGAGCUAGCUGUAGGACACCGAAAGGGUUGCGAGAAACUUGGGAGAUGGAAGAGGUGUCUUUAGAAAAUUCUCAAUUAUGAAUAAUCAAAGAGAAGAAAGCUAGCUAGUACUCGUAUAUCUAUUAUAGUAAUAUAUCAUCUAUCUUGGCUGUUAUAGUAAUCCAAGAGAGCUAUGUGAGGUGUAACCAGUGUAGAUACCAAAGAUACGAUUCGUCACGUGGACGUAGGAGAAGACACAAGUCAUUCAAGGGAACCCUGCCAAAAGAUCUUACACUAUUCCUCGUCAGUGACAUGUCAAAUCAAGUCAGGAUCGUCAUUAUUGAAUGAUUGGCGAAAUGAAAAACCAUGCGCGAGAUAUCAUGUUAAAGCGAGGUAACUCACUUGAAGAGUCUAAAUUGCGAAGGAUCAAUUGGAGUACCCGGCAAGAUACCAAUCACGAAGUACAGGUUGACGAAAUAAGGUUACUUCGCUGAAAAGAUAAUUGGCGACGUCAAUAAAUUAUGGAGCAAGAAAAGAGACAGAUGUCCCGACAAACAUCUAAAGUUGUCAGCGAAAGAAAGGGAAAAAAUUUAUGGAAAAUGAUCUGGGAGAAGUAUAAAGCAUCUCCACGAGAUGAAG